AAAUCACGAAGUUUUAGCAACAGAUGAGUGCUGGACGCUGUAUUCUGAACUGAUUGCGGUUCGUCUGGCCACCGACAGCUGUUCACUGUGUAAUUGUGCGAAGCGAUGGCAGCUUGCCAUUUUGGCUAAUUUUGGGUUUUUGAUUGUUUUUGGUAUUCGUUGUAAUUUUGGCGCAGCCAAGAAUCACAUGGCUCAUGAUUACAUCGAUCCUUGGGGCAAACAUCACAAGCGAGAAUUCAACUGGACACUGACUGAGCUGGGUGUUAUGGAAAGUUCAUUUUUUUACGGUUAUUUGGUAACACAAAUACCAGCUGGUUUUCUGGCUGCCAAAUUUGCACCGAAUAAGUAAAA